UUUUGUUUAUGUUUAAUCAUCCAGGUGAAAUAUAUGCAUUCCUAUCUUCUUUUCCGUUGCAAAUAUCGAUCGAUAGCAGUUGAUUAGGUGCAUCUGUUUUUAUCACCAGUGUCUAUAAUGCAGCACAGGCCAAGUAUUUCAAGUAGGUGUUCCUUGUUCUCACAGAAAAGUCCUCCGGGAAUACGACGUCGCCCAAAACCUGCGCAACCUCGGUUGGGCAAGUCCCACUAUGGCUUCAAUGUCGAUUCUGGAUUCGAGACCUCCGAAUUUGACCUGGUGGAUUUUGCCGAGGAUGUGUUCAAUUGUCAGGAUCCGAAACCUCCGAGACUGAUUGAAGAAGCCGCAGCUCUAUUCGGACUGGUGGCUGGCACUGCGAAUCGUCGACCAACGACAGGGCAUAGUCGUGUCCGAGUUACUGAACAACCAAAACGGAGUCUACAUCCGUUUAACACGGGACGAUAUCAACGGCGCAGAAAUCGAAGUCGAGUCUCGUUCGACUUUGACCCGUCCCAUGACCUAGUGGAUGACUUGCAGUCGAGUGAAGACCACCGUGGACAUCAGUCGCCUCAGCAGCAGCAGCAGCAUCAACUGACUGCAUCGAAACAAACACUUACCGCUGCCAGCAGUUCAUCACCAGCUUCGCCGGCCAAGCCAAUCGUCAGACCGGAACUUUCGCAACCGGCCCGGAAGAUGAACUGGAACAGAAACGAUGCAGUCAAGGCUCUGAUGGUCGAGGCUAGGGCCAUUGAACUGCUAAAAUCUCCACACGUGCUGGUGCUGCGUUUUCCCGAUCCCGAGCUGAGUAAGGAGAUUGUUCAAGGAUAUUCGGCCAGCAUCGAGAAUGUCAUCUUUCAUCGACCCUCUACGCCACGCUAUUGCAUGGUACAUUUGAAGCCGGAUGCCGAUGUGGAGCGGGUAAUUCUGCAACUUUCGAAGAUAUCGUUUGGCGCCGGUAAAAUAGUUGUCGAACGGAAGACGAAGCAUGUUGAACCGAAGCCAACGGCCAAACCUGAAGAGAUUGACCCAUUGACCUUGUUUAUUGGAAAUCUACCGAAUGCUGUCACAGUAUAUACUGUAAAGCAAAUGUUCCCAACGGCACGGCGUAUUGAUAUUGGCCAUGCACAACGGAUGAAACACACCCGGUACGCCUUCAUUCGGUUUCACAAUGCCGACGACGCAAUCGGGGCGUUCAAGGUCAAUCUAAACAAGGUGAUCGAUGGUAAAAAUAUCAUAAUACGCUUUCGCCGCUACAAUGCUCCAAUCGCAAUGCCGGAGGACACUAAUACACCGAAGACGCCGAAACGACAGAAGGGAGCUGCUGGUCAAUUGAUUGUCUCCGUCGAGCAGAAACCAAAUCGCAUAUGUGGUCGAAAUGAUCAGCACAGGCCGGAGAUUCAUCGCUCAGAUACAUUGAAUACUAUCAAAACGGAAAUUUUAGACGACGAUUACGUGAGGGAGGAGUUACGAAUACAAUCACGGGUUAAACCUGAACCGCCGGAUUUUCCAGAUGAAAAACCUGAAGUUUACGAUGAAGAGGAUGACGAUGACAUCGAAGAUUUUUUGGAAGACGACGAAGAUGAAGACGUUAACUUCGAUGAAAUAAACGCCGAUGAAAACUACUGUGAUGAUGACGAUACUGAUAUUGAUGCGUUAGAUAAAAACUAUUGGACGCUGGAGCAGUUACGCAAUAAGGCAGGUGAUGAUGCAUCGUCGUCCGCAUCUGGUUCUAAGAAAAGUGACGUUUUUAUCGAACUAGAAUCUGGUACCAAAACUAGUUCAACAACAUUCAAUACGCACAAAACUAAGGAAAACAAAGCUGUAUCUAGUUUUAUCGUAAGCAAAAGACGUGAUGAUCAAUUGCAGGAUCUGUUCAGUUGUUUGGAACCGGAUGACGAUUUGUCGCUGUAGGAUUGCUCUGUGAUACGGGCUGUGUUUUAAUGAUCUCAAUUUAGCAUGUUUCAUGUGUUAAAAUGUUUAGGUAGAACUUACCUUAGUCAUUCACUAGCAACUAGUGACUCUUGAAAGACUGCUUUAUUAGCCAUCAACGAAUAUCUACUGCCGUUGAGUAGACUCAAGCCAAAUACUAUAAGAUGUAACUGCUUCCUUACACGUUAGGGUUAAAUACUAAACUACCCUUUCAGUAAUAUUUGUUUAUGCCAAUUACAUAUUUAUUUUGUGUUUGAAUUGAAACAAUAUAUACGCUUUG